ACCAAAGAAGAGAGCAUGGCAAAAGUCAACACUGGCACCUCCAGCCGUCGAGCCAUGAUCAUAGCCGGUAAACUUCUGUCCCAGCCUACAGCACCGAUCCUAAACAAGAGUCGACGGGUGUUCCCGGAUUUGCAGCGGCACAUGAGCUCUCGGGGCGACGCGGGUCACCGGAGCAAAAUCCCGGCUUGUCUGGCCCAGCCGGACGGGCCGGGGUCCCUGGCUGCCGCCGACCGUCAUGCGCUGUCAAACCGCACGCUCAUUUACCGGGACGUGAAGGCAUUUCUCAGCGAAAUCGGCGGAGACCCAAGGGAAGCCCGCUACUGGCUAACGCAAUUCCAGAAAGCAAAUGUAUCGCAAUCUCCUGCUUUUGCGGUAAUUGAGGUGGACCCGUCGGUGUUCGAGAGCAGGGAGAUGCUGCAGAGCCUGGGGUUCGGGCUCUCCUUCUUGCAGCGGAUGGAUAUGAAACCCGUGGUGGUGAUGGGGCUGGCGCCGGCGGACGAGGCCCUGGACCCCAGGUCCAGUCUGGUCCAGCACUGCCAGGCUCUCAGCGAGGUGCUUCAGAACAACUCGGCCAGUGUCAUGCCCUUCUUCAGCUCCGAGGUCCUCCUCCUCGUUCAGGACACGCCGGCGGACUCCAGCAGUAGGCCCUCCGUCUCGGCGGAGGAUGGUAGACCUUCCCUCUUGGAGGACGGCAGUAGACCUUCCCUCUUGGAGGACGGCAGUAGACCCUCCAUCUUGGAGGACGGCAGUAGACCUUCCCUCUUGGAGGACGGCAGUGGACCCUCCAUCUCGGUGGACAGCGGGCUGCUCCAGUGGACCCUGGACUGCGGGGCCAUUCCGCUGGUGUGCCCCGUGGGCCGCACCGUGCCCGGCCGAUCGGUGGUGCUGGAUUCUGUCGACGUCACCGCCGCCAUCGCCCAGGUCCUGCGGCCCCUCAAACUCAUGUUCCUCAACAGCUGGGGCGGCAUCCGGAACCAGGGCCACAAGGUGCUGGGUCAGGUGACCCUGCCCGCUGACAUGCCCAUGUUGUCACGGGCGACGUGGCUCGACGCCGCUGAGCUCCAGCGGGUGGUCGCUAUCGACCGGGUCCUCCACCAGCUGCCCUGCGAGUCCUCAGCAGUCAUCACCUCUGCGAACACGCUGCUGACGGAACUGUUCAGCCACAAGGGCUCGGGCACCCUGUUCAAAAACGGAGACCCCAUUCACAGGUACACCAGUCUGGACGACAUCGACCUCCAUCGCCUCGUCGGCCUGAUCAACAAGUCGUUCGGGAAGACGCUGAACGAGGACUACAUCGCCUCCCUAAAGGGAAGGCUGCACUCCAUCUACCUCUCUGAAGAGUACAGCGCGGCGGCCCUCAUCACGGUGGAGCCGGUGGGCGGCGGGGCCCUGUACCUGGACAAGUUUGUGGUGAGCAGCAGCAGGCAGGGCCAGGGCACCAGCCAGAUCCUGUGGGAGAGCAUCCGGCACGACCUGGGCAGGCUGUUCUGGAGGUCCCGCGCCACCAAUCACAUCAACCCCUGGUACUUCAAACACUGCGACGGAAGCUUCGUUAACGGCAGCUGGAUCGUCUUCUGGUUUGGGCUGUCCGACAUCCGCGAGUCUUACGCGCUGGUGGAGUACGCCAAGCGCGUGCCCGACUCCUUCCUGGCGACGGCGCUGUCGGAGGAGGACCCCCCCAGUCCUGCCCCCCGUGGUCCUGAGCCCCACGCUCACUGAGAUCUCACCGGAGCCGCGUGGCCUCGCCGUUCGAGAAGAGGAGCCCGGAGCGCACAUUCUAACACUGCCGCGUAGUUUUAAACCCGAUUUGUCUUAAGCAGUGCCUUUACAGCAACCGUUCUUACAAGAACGCCUGUUGUCCUCGUUUUAUUUAUUUUUUUUAUCUCGUAUUUUCAAGGCAUUACCGAAUGCAUUUCUGUUACUUAAGCUAGCCAACGUGAAAUGCUAUCUCUUAAAAAAAGCUAGCUCAGUGCCGAGGUCAGUGGUCUUCAUUCGUGGUUCUGGAGAGCUGCAGGGCGUGCUGGUUCUUGUUCUUGUACUUAAUUGAUCGAUGAAGGCACUUGAUUACACAGUUGACUCGCCUCACCUGGUUUUUCGGAUUCUGAAUUGGCUGCUGCUAUUUUGGCGACAAAACGAACAAAAAACCCAGCACACCCUACCCUCUCCUGGACCAGGAGUGAAGACCAUUGACUUCGGUACCUGAACUUUCACAUUCCUUUCCUGAAACCCGAAUGCAAAACUUUUGUCAGUUUUUGAAAGCAGACAUUUUAAGACUGGACCUCUGCAUGGCACCAUUACACGAGUGCGUGGGUCUUCAACACUUUUGGGUGAGUUUAUAAGUGGGCCACCUAACCCAACAGCAGCCCUUGCGCGAAUGUGUGCCAUGAAACUGGAUCCCAGUUUUUGACAUUGACAGAGGUUUGUCUUAAAAUUUUAUGUACACUAUAACCGCAGUAAAGAAUUUAAAAAGGGUGGGAUAUGGAAGCAGCAGAUAUAUGAAACUUCACCGGUGAACUGGUAUGGUAGUAAAAUCUGCUUACUGUUUGUGAGCCAAUUACAGGGGCAUUAAUGCAAGUAUUUUUACACACGUCUGGCUUGAAAUGUCAGUGUGGGAUAUAGAUUACACAUUUUCAGGUGUCAUUUUUUAGGCAGUUUUUUUAUUUUUCCUCGAGUCCAGAAUACUUUUGGAUGUUCUCACAAAUGUCUUUACCUAUCUGAGUUACUUUUAUGCUGAAAGUAUAGCAGCGUACACUCCGGGACUUGGACGAGCUCGUGAAAUGUAUGACCUCAGAUACUUUAAACAAUCAAUAUUGAUUGUACAAGAGGUGCUAUUGAAAUGAAGAGCAGGUGAAUUUGUUUACAACUGCCGUACAACCGUAGCAACUGCCAGUCAAAAAAAGGCUUGCUGCCAGUGUGGGUGGGGCUCUAACGCAGAGACGCUGAGGCGUCUCAGGGUCGGUU